GUGUUCCAGGACCUGGGUGUGUUGGUGCUGUCUGGAGCUUCUGAGGGCUACAAUGUAUGUUUGUUUGCUUAUGGCCAAACAGGAUCUGGGAAGACGUACACCAUGAUGGGGGCACAGGACUCUAUUGGGUUGACCCCUCGCAUCUGUCAGGGUCUCUUUAGGUCUAAAGACACUUUUCCCGAUGGGCAAAAUUCAAGCAGAGUUGAGAUCAGCUUCCUGGAGAUCUAUAAUGAGCGCGUGAGAGACUUGCUGAGAAAAGGAGAGCAGAAGAAAGCCUCAUUGAGAGUUCGAGAGCACCCAGAGAAGGGACCUUAUGUCCAAGAUCUGUCCCAGCAUGUGGUCUCUGACUGUAAGCAGGCCAUGGACCUUUUGGAGGAAGGCAUCGCCAACCGCAUCACUGCAGCAACCCACAACCAUGACGCCAGCAGCAGAUCCCAUGCUAUCUUCACUAUCCAAUACACACAGGCAAUCCUAGAGAAUAAUCUUCCAUCAGAAAUUGUCAGCAAGAUUAACCUGGUGGACUUGGCUGGGAGUGAAAGAGCAGACCCUCACUACUGCAGAGACAGACUGACGGAAGGCUCCAACAUCAACAAGUCGCUGGUCACCCUGGGAAUUGUCAUUUCUGCUCUUGCCCAGAACUCCCAGAUGUCUAGCAGCUGCCAGAGUAUCAACAGCAUGGCCUCGGAGGGUGAUAGCAGCACUGUGGGUAGCCACAGCAGCUCCUUGUCCGGAGGAGCAGGAGGUGGAGGAGGAGGAGGGAGGAGACACUGCUUUAUACCCUACAGAGAUUCAGUCCUAACCUGGCUGCUGAAAGACAGCCUGGGUGGCAACUCCAAGACCAUUAUGAUUGCAACGGUCUCACCCUCUGCAAACAGUUAUAAUGAGACUCUCAGCACACUGCGCUAUGCUGCCCAUGCCAGGAAUAUUGUCAACAAACCUCGAGUUAAUGAGGAUGCCAGUGUUCGACUGAUCAGGGAGCUGAGAGAAGAGAUUGACAGACUGAAGAGCAUGCUGCUCAGCUUUGAAAUGCAGCGCAAUCCCAGUCCAUCGCUGAGUGAUGAGAGGGACGGCAAUCUUUCUGACAUCGUGCUGCAGAACGAGCUGAAGGUGGAGCAGCUGACAAAGGACUGGUCAGAGAGCUGGAGAGACAAAAAGGAGCUGCUGGAGCAGUACAGUGUGGACAUCAACAGGGACCGAGCGGGCUUCUUCAUCAACUCCCUCCAGCCACACCUGGUUACACUUGAUAGAGAUGUUCUCAGCACUGGCGUUGUCUUUUAUCACCUCAGGGAAGGAGUCACCCACAUUGGACCUCAAGACCAGUUUCAAGAGCCACAUAUAGUUCUGCAGGGCAGUGCCAGCUGUGAGAUUGAAAACCAUGGAGGUGUGGUAAUGCUCAGACCGCUGCCAGGCUGCUCCUGCCUGCUCAAUGACAGAGAGGUCACUGAGCCCUGCAGACUGGCUCAAGGGAUGGUCAUCACCUUGGGCGGAGAACAUAUGUUCCGCUUCAACCACCCGGCAGAGGCAGCCAUCCUCCGGGAGCGCAGACGGGCUAGUGAAGGAGGCAUGAGCUGCACCUACACUGAUGUUUGCCCAUUGUCCCCUGACCUGAGUGUCGAGGAAGCAAAACUCCAAGAGCAGUUGGGUGUCUCUUUCUCUACCAGUGAGGAGCCCACUGUGAGACAGCGUGUGGAGGAACAGCAACGAUAUGUAGAGAGUUUGCGACAGGAGAUCCACGCUGAACAAAGACGGGCCGAGAGGGAGCUGGAGAGGGAGCAGGCCCACCUACGACAACAGCACAGUGAGAUCCAGCAGUGGAUUUUGCAACAGAAACAACGCCUGGCAGCUGCCGAGCAGAGAGUCACACAAGAGUCUGGAGUUCAAACAGACAUUACUGCUGUAUCCCAAGCAUCCAACAAUCACAAAGAUCCGAGUGUGGAUUGUCUCUGCCAGGUGGUAAGAGCCAGGAAGAAGGUGGUGGAGGAGGAGCUACUAAAGCACCACACCCUCUGUCGCGCCGAAAGCCGCAUCCGCCGGAAGAAGCUGCAAUACCAGUUGGAGAGAAUUGCCCGGAAGCAGCAUCUUUUAGAAGCUAAGAGGGAAUUACAGCAGCUGGAAAAGGCUCUGCCAGACAACCCAGAGUCUCCUGAGCUGCGUUCGUUGUCAAAGCACAGUGGACGACCGUUUUAUUCUCGUAGACACUCGUUCUCAGCAGAUCUUCUGUCCCGGCUUUACCCACAGCACACCCCUAUCUUCAGACACUUCCUGAAGAGAAACGGAUCCACAGAGCUGACCUCAAAUGCUUCUGCGACAUCUGAAUCUAUUUGCAGCAGAAAAUGGGUUUCGGAUGAGUGUCUUCCUCGGGAAAGGACUCAGAGUUGCUCUGGGACAAGCUUCUCAGGACAAAGUAAAAACAUCAGACAAACUCUCAGAGAGGAACCACAAGCUCUUCCCUUUCGCGAACGACCUGAAAGGAAACCUCUUCUGCCAAACCGAGAUUUGUCUUUUAAAAACAGAUCAGACCAGAACUUAGCGAUUAUUCUGAAGUCGUCACUUGGAACUACUGCGCUGCCAGGCAGCAAAGAAAAUAUACAGCCGUCCACAAGAGACAAACCUGACUCUGAGAAUGCUUCUUGUAUGACUGCGACAAAUCCUUCCCGUGCAUCCAACAGUGGACUAGAAACCACCAAGAAGUCUGUGUCUUGUUCUGUAGGGCCCAGGUUGAAAACAGUUCUGUCCAAGGUGUUCAGAAAACCACCAUCAUGUCCAAAUGGAGGACAAGGUGCUAAACCUUCAGGGACGAUAGCAAGCAAAUUUCACUGGAGACAAAAAAGAGACCUGAAAGACACCAGCAUGAGUCAAAGCAAAUGUGCCAUUAAAACAGCCAUGUCAUGUGAGGAGCUUGACCAAAGGACUGCUUUUGAGGACAUUGGACAAAGGCGUUGGCAUAGUACAGAGGCUCUGAUGGAAAAGACCAGCAGAUGGGUUGAGCGGCAGCAGGGAUUGGUUCGAUGGGACGAAGAGCAAGAAAACGAGGACGAGGGAACGUCAGACUGUGAGAGCCUAUUCUCCCUUGAUUCACUGUCGUCUGCCUAUGUGACAGCUCUAGCAGCGCAGCUGAGACAAGAGGAAGCUGCACAGAGCGAAGUAGAAAGUGAAGACAGUCAGAUGUCAAAGGAUUCCUUGGUUGUGGAGAGUAGUGGGAGAUAUUCUACAGUGGAGAGACUCAAUCGAACCCUGGUACCAACUUAUUCUUUGUGUGCAGAUACCUCUCCUUUAUCCACUGCAGACGGCAGUUUAGACUGCAUCAGCUGUCAGAAACCCCAAAUAAUCCCAGUAAAGACAUGCUGGAGCCAGCAGGGUUCCCCCAUCUCAAGGCAUAAAGCGGAGAUUAGUGCAACAAGGAAUCACCCGCCUCAAAGCCCAUUAAUAACAGACUCCAGAGGGAAAGACACUGUGCAAAAAUUGACUGAGGACUUUGGAAACAUGCAGACCACUCUGACCAGCAGCCCUCGCUCGCUGAGCAGCUGCAGUGGGAAAGAGCCCGAAAGCCUGCUGGUGCUCACUGAUGCCUGGUCAUCUACUGACGCGGCAGACAGUCCCAGGAUCCACAGGGUUUCUUUACCCAUCCAAAGGGAAUCGAUGUUCAGGCACAUUGAAAACAGCAGCAGUAGUUCCAGCGUGACCAGUAUGAAUCUGUCAGAAUCGCAGAGUGGACACAGGAGCUGCAGCUCCUCACCCACCAGUAGACACACAGAUUUAGAGGAGUCUCACGUUAUGAUAAGGACGCAGAAAUAUGAAGGACGUUUUGACUCGGUGUCUCAAAAUGUGGAAAAGACAUGUGGAGAUACUCCAGACUACAUCAGCCACACUGAAGAUCCGGCUCUCUUACCCACCUCAGAUCACACUACUGUCUCACACACUGGGAUUCUGCCCACUCAACAAGCAGCCUCUAUGCUUUAUGUGGUCACAUAUGAUAUGGCAGCUGGUGAUGUCAGCAUGUCUUCAGACACUGAAAUGUGUGCCUUAAAUCCUCAUAGUCAAUGGCAAGUCCUGAACAAGAGAUGUGAUACUUCAAGUGUCUUCAAACCACCCAUGGCAGAUACAUUACUAUGCAAUGUAAAGGGAACAGUACAGCAGUAUGAGCUUGAGAAUACCAAAGAUUUGUCACUUGCAAGGGAUGAAACCAAAGGCACUGAGCAGUACAUUGCACUACAACAGGAGCUUGUUAAACCAGCUUGUAAAAAUUCCAGGAAGAGGAACAAAGAGCAACAGGAUGCUUUCAUGGGCAGCAUGAAAAUUUUAAAAAGGAGCAACAGUGGAGAUUUGGUAGCAUACUGCUCUACACCAGUUGGUAGUCAGGAACAAAUUUGGCUUGAUGGCAAUAACAACUCCAGUGACUCUAAAGAGGAGGAAACUGACAGCCAUGGAUUUGAUUCAGCUUUUGUUGAAAGCAGAGUUAGAAAAGACAGAGUGUCACCAGUGGUAGCAGCAAUUUCUGAUUCCACAAGUGUGAAAAAUGGACAACCAUUUGAAGACUCUAGAUGUGGGUCUAGACGUUGUGAACAACAUUCUCAGAGUGGCACCUCUGUGGGAGACAGAAAGGCGGUUGGAAGGGGAAAUGUAACAUUAAAGGAAGUAGAAACAAAAUGGGGAGAUUUCCAAGUCAGUGUCACCAGAAAAUAUCAAGAAAACAAAAAGCACACAUGCAAGUCCGAUGCUAUUUGUAGUGCGAUUGACCUCAGGAUCUCCGAAAUGGUGAAAGAGCAUUUGCAACUGUCAUUGACUGGCAAUGAUGGUGAUGGGACGAGCAGGAGCCAGAGCCUGAACGCAUUGGCAUCCUCUGCGAGUCUCUUUGGCUGUAAUAGCGAUGAACAUAUGCUGACAGCAAAACAGCACAGAGAUGAAAAGGGAGAUUAUGUGAAAGUAAGGACAAAGCUCAGCGGGCAUGCUUCAGUGGAAACGGCAUGUGAAGUCAAAGUGGACAAAAGUGAACACCUGUCAUCAAGUACGAGUACGUCUGUUGAAUAUAGGGACGAUAGCUCUGUGCUUAAACCCGCCGACGUAAAGACUGACCAUUCUCAUAACUUUUCUGAUGGCACGUCAAACAAACCACUCAAAGACGAUGACCGUGUUGUCCAAGAUACUGAUACUAGCACUCAAUCACACGUGACACACAGCAGUCAUGAAGACUCUGUGCACUUUUCAAACACCGUUUUGCAGUUAACUAGUUUGUCCCCAGUGAGUGAUUCCCCCGUGCAGAAAAAGGCUGUAUCGCAAGAAAUAACUUCCCACAACUUUGACUCCUCUGAUGUCACCACCUUGAACCCCGACAAUCUCCAACUUCACCAAUUACACCAUGAAAUACUCUGCACAGUUGGUGAUACAAAAGGCAACUGUGACUGUGGCCACGAAGAGGCUAUCAGAGUGGACGCUACAUUCAGUAUUGAUGAUAAAGAUCAUUCAUCUGAAUACAGGACAGCAAAGAUGGUUGGUAAACCUCGUCAGUGCAGUCCUAAAACAUCCGGGGCAACAGAAACGUUAUAUGAUGGAGGAAAUCUACAAUUCUUACCGCUCAGUCGAAACAGUGACCAGAAUACAUCAUUUGACGAGAAGGCCUCCAUGAAUAGGCUUGCUGUCACACCUGGCCAUGAUGGAAGCUGUGAAAGUGAGAACAUGACAGGAGGUAAACAGUCUGCUGCAGCAAGGGAUCAGCUUAGCUGUACACAAAUCCAUUUAGAUAAUUUGGCUCAGGCUUGUGAGAAAACUAUUAAUCACCACAAGUGCCACAGUUCAUCGAACUCACAGAGCGGAUUUGAUAAACCCACAGAAGUUGACGGCAAAGAAAACCGUUUGAGGAAAAGUGAUGAAGGAACUUUGCUCAACCAUUGUGAAGCACAUGAUCUAGGGAUUUUAGCGGAAAUAAAAUGUGAAACAAUAAUAUCUGGUUCUGUACAGCCUCUCCACAAAAUAACACAGGGAAAAACAAGUUGUUGUGGAUCUUCUAUAUCCAGAGAUCUAAAGACAUCUAACGGAACACCAGGUGAUUCUGCUCUUAUGUCCAAAAAAUCAAAGAGGUUCAGGAGGUCAAAGAUUCAGGCAAAUGCCUCCUCUUCCUCUGAUUCCUCUCUUAAGUCAUCAGAUGAGGAGGAUAAUAAAUCCACAAGAGUGCAUCAUAACCGCCUCUCCUCUAAAUUGGUAAAGCUCACUACACAGAAUAAGGGACAGCAAGAGGCUAGACAGGCUAGCUGUAACAUUGGCAAUGCUUCCAUGUCAUCAUUAGUGAGCAAAACGAAAACAAAGACUUGUUCUCCUGGAACCCCAGCAAAGAGUGAGGUAAAAUUUAAAAGUGAUUGCAGCCAAAACAGAUGCUCGUUAUCCCCUCAAACGAUGGCACACACAAAGAAAAGUGAAUCACAGCAUACGCUGAAGUCUAAGGACUCUCCUAUGCAUUUUGCCUCAAGUGACAUCAACCCUUUUGUUCACCAGUGGCAAGGUGACAACUCGAAUCAGCACGGCUAUAAGAACCCGUCCUUCGGGAGUGCCGCCGACCUGUCCUGCAAAUCGCCACUUUUAAACAGCGCUGAAAAACAUAUAACGAGAUGCUGCAGUGUUGAUAACGGUUUGAAUGGUCAGAACUCUCCUUUCAAUUCCCACCUCAGUACUUACGCCACCAACAAGGGGCUCUCCAGUACACUUAGCAGCAUGGAGGAUUAUAAGGAACGAGCAAACAAAACGUCUCAGCUUUCACCCUGUCAACAGAUGUCCGCUCAUACUCGCAGCGAUUCUGCCAAUCUGACAGUGAGCUGCAACUCCUCGGGUACUGAUGUUGCUGGUGGUUUUGGUAACAACUCAAGUCACGUGGACGAGGUCAUGGACGUUUACUCGUCAGAGCGAGAGUCCCAACAGAUCAGAGCACAGGCUCGAAGGCAGAGGACGUGUGAACAUGGCACUCAGACUGAGCUUGGGCUCCAAAAAGUAAACUUUAUGAACAAUAGCAGUGGUGCAAAGAGAAAGGAUCGUCACAGAAGGAGCCAGACGGAUGCACCAGCAACACAGGGCACCAGGGACGUCAAAGAAUCUCCAACGUGGGCCAGCAUGGAAAGCAUGUCGGCUCACCUCUCCAAGCUGAUUGACAGCACCUCAGACCUGCUGGGGGACGUCCAGGAAAUGAGAACUGGUGAAGUCAGCAGGUCCAGUCCAAGGAGGAGUGUUAACGUAUCAAAUCAUAGCAUCUCUUAUAGUGAGUCCAAUGACUUUGCUAUGAGAGACUGCUCAACUCAAACGGCUGUGGAUGUUGGGAUCCAGACAGAAAAGCUUUUUACACGAGCAGAAAACAAACUCACUGCUCCUCAAACGCCCACUGAAAUGUCCAAAUCUCAUGAGAUCAAUGUGAUCGUCAAAGUGAUCGGUCCCGAGGCUGUCGGUGUGUCUCAACCCAAGGGUGUGCACUGUGUGGUGAAAGCAAAAGUUGACACAGAUGAAAAGAUGCAGAGCAUGCCUGAGCUGAGGUUUAACACCUCUGCUGGCUCACCAUCAGACGACGUCCCUCUCAAAACACCUCCUGUAAAGACUGUAGCUGAGAGUCAAAGACGUGUCAGAUCUGCAUCUUCCAGAGUCUCAAAACAAAUGACUGCCGCAACAUCUGAAGUCGCCCAUGGAUCGACAAAAAAUGACUUCCAGGACAAUCACGGCCCAUCCGUAAGACAUGACCCAUCAGCUUGUCUAAAGAAACGGGCUACAUACAAAGACCGAGCGUCGUCUCCCAUUCUCACUGUGGGAGCAAGAUCACAUUUGAAGCAGAAAGAGAAACAAUCAACACGAUGUUCUUUGAAAUGUAAGAGUGGAAAAACCAUUCAUGUUUCCGAAGAGGACAGCGCUACAGUGUCAGUGUCCACACCAGAUUGUGGUGUUUCAUCUAGUCAGUCAGAGUCUGUGUCUCUUGAGAAGGUGAGUGAGAUAAGUUGUUCAGGCCCUAAGGGAUCAGAUAAAUGCUCCACAGGCCUUAGUUCAUGUCUGGACGGAUAUGUGGAGACCUGUAAAGACGAGCAUAAGCAUCAUGUCUGUCCAAAAUGGCAGAUUUCACCUUCACAAACAAAAACUUCGCCGAAGACUUUGCACUCCCACAUCUCUCCUGUUUUACCAAAUCCUGAUGAGUACAAACAGCAGAUUAAAGGAAAACAAUCGGUUCUGAUUGAUUCUGUGGAUUUUUCUAUCAAUUCUGUCAACCGGUCCACAACUCUUGAACCUCAAGAAGAUGACAUGGUGUCACUGGCACCCAGUGAGUGCAACACGGAUGUUCUUCUGAACAUUAAACCUGUCACCAGUGUCCCUGCAUGUCUAGACCACCACAUGGUCCCAGAAGACCUGCCCCUGCACAACAAGUUCACCAACUGGUCGGGCAUCAACCCGCCGCAAUCCACGCACACCAACAAACCUGAGGUGCUGCUGAACAACGGCCACGAAAAGAGCAGAAUCUGCGCGGAGUGGGGUGAAGCGGAAAGUUACGGUUCAAAUGUGGAGUCUGCGGCACAGAGCGAGAGAAGGGCGAGAGAGAUUGAGAGGCUGCGUCAGGAGAGAGAGCAGGUGAUGUCUACGGUCAACCUCAGCAUGAGCACAACGCCUCUGACUGUGGAGCUCACAGAGGCCAAGCUGCAUUAUGGGCUUGGAGAGACGGACACGCUGUUAAAGAUGCUCUCACCGAAGUCCAAGGAAGAGCUGGAGCCAGUGACAUGUGCUCCAACCAAACAGCAGCUGUAUGAUCGACAUCGUAGGAGUAUUGAGGGUUUGAGGCAGGAGAGAGAGGAGCGGCUAAAGACUUGUCGGAGAGCUCGGAGUCUGAGUCCCAGCAGACAUCCUCCCUCCUCUCCUCAGGAGGCCGUUUCACCCCCCAAGAUCACUGCAGUCGCACCCAGUCGCCGCAAAGUGUACCUGCAACAGCUCCGUCAAGAGGUGAUAGAUAUCACCAGAAUACCGGAUCCCCCAAAAGGAGAGAGCCAGUAUCCGUCUGACAUUGAGCAGCUGCUGCGUGACUACGGUCGAGCGCGGGAAGAAGCCAUGACCGAGAUUGCGAGGGCUCGGGAACGACUGAGAGAAAGAACUGAGCAGGAGAAGCGGCGGCUUCAGCAGCAGGCUGCAACUCAGGAAGCAAAGGAUGACCUGAGGCAUCGGACAAGAAUCAGUAACAGCACCUUGUGCACUGGCUCGAGUCUGAGUCUGUCAUCUGGACCCACAUCAGGGUACAACAGUGGGAACACUGUCCAGCUGCAGCACAGUAACAGACCAGUUCUGAGUGGACAGAUAAUGGCGUUUCAGGACGAAGGGCUGAAGGUCAGGACACGUCCUCCUAUGUGUGGUCCUCAAAGUGUGAAGACACAGAGAGUCUGGCUGUCUUCCCAGGAUCUUGGCCUUGAGCCGUCCAUCUCCGUGUUUGAGCCUCUGGUGACCUCAACGCCAUCGCCCCCCACUUCCGUGCGUCAACGCGCCGCCUCCUUUGGCUCCACCUCUUCCCUGUCCACAGCCUAUCAGGACAUCACGUCUAUUCUCCUGCGGCAAGCCUUAGCCGAGGUGCAGCAAGCUUCUGCCAGAGAUUUCAGUAACCUGGUGAUGGGCAAAGUUGGGGCAGACUGGAGGUACCAGGGAAUAGAACGAGGCGUCCAUGCGUACUAUAAGCCUUCCUCCAGUCCUUCUGUGCAUGGUUUCUUGGGGGCUGCGGAGCUGGACAGACCUGUGGACAGUCUGUGGAACACGAUCUGCCAGCUGUCCAAGAGCCACAUGUAUAAUCAGUCCGUCCGUUCUGUCUGGACACGACCACUAGAUGACAGCACUCAGCUGGUUUACAUUCUAACAGAUCCAUCCACCUGCCACCUGAGUCAGCCGCGGGACUUCUGCUGCAUCAGCACCGAGUCCAAACAGGGUGGCCUCUGUGUUCUGGCAAUGCAGUCGGUGUUUGAGGAGUCUCUGCCUCGUCCCAGUGUGGACGCUGUUCGAGGAGAAAUGAUGCCCAGUUGUUGGGUCCUUCAGCCAACUAGACGGAGUGGGAAAGAAAUCACCAGGGUGGUCUACCUGCUACAGGUGGACCUGGGGACGCCGUCGUUUCCUCCCCCUCUCUUGAACACCGUUGCCAGGAGGCAGGCUGGCGUCAUUGCCGACCUUGACGCUUUCCUCGAUUUGUAAAAAUCCACCGGACACAUGAAGCCGUGUUAGCGGCGAGCACUUAGACUGAAGUUAGUCUUUGUUUUGAAUUUGCACCUGACAUUUACAUAUUUACUUGACUUUUUUCUACUUCAAGAGCACUGUUACACCUCCAUUCCCAAAAGUGGAAGCAGCUUUUUUUAUUUGAAGGUUCUUUUAUUUUUUAAGGAUAUUUUAAUUGUAUUUUUAUUUUUGUACGCGUACAUGAAGGUUUUUAAACCAAAGAUUUGGAAGUCUUACGGGAAUAAAUGUCCCAUAUGGCACAUUUAUAGGUUCAUUCAUUUGAUGAAAAAGCUUGAUAAUUCACUUUGGAUUCCAUGCAGCCUGUUAGCAAUGUCGUGUCUUUCCUUUCCUACUUAAAUGUAAUGUGGAAAUCCACAUGAGUUAAGAUAGAACAUGUAUAUUUACUACACGUGUGUUCCUUCAGUUUAUACUUUCAAUGACUUCAUC